AUGACGUCCACUGAACAAGUACCACAAACCUAUGAAGACGUUGAGCGCUUGCUAGAAAACGACCAGCGCGUCAAGAUUGCCGGAGCAGACGUGGACGGCAUUCUUCGCGGGAAGGUGUUAGCCAAGAGUAAAUUCUUAUCAACUUUGAGAGAAGGCUUUGGUUUUUGUAGUAUUAUAUUCGGUUGGGACAUGCAUGAUCGAACUUAUACGGAAGACUUGGACGUGUCAAAUCCUGAGAAUGGUUUUUCUGACCUUUUGGCAAAAGUCGACAUUUCAACAUAUCGUCGCAUUCCGUGGGAAAAUAAUAUUCCGUUCUUCCUGGUGUCAUUUUACAAUCCUACAACGAAAGAGCCUCUUCAUGCGUGCCCGAGAGGCUUAUUGAAGACUAUUGUAAACAAGUAUCAUGACUUGGGGCUGGAACCUAU